CUAAAGAAAAGUGAAAAUAGUCGACUAAACGGUAGAAAAUGUUUCGGUUAGGGAAGCAAAGUGUCGCAAAGUUUAAAGAACAGAUCGGUGGCCAGAGGGCGUUGGUUGACAGGAUUAGUAGUGAACUUGCCAAGCGCAGUUUGUCGUCGGGAUCGAGCUUACCGGAAAGUGCCGAUGUGGUUAUCAUCGGAGGCGGAUCAGCUGGAUGCAAUACGCUGUAUCAGCUAACGAAACGGGGCAUACGUGCCGUAUUGUUGGAAAAGGCUAAGCUCACCGCAGGCACCACAUGGCACACGGCAGGUUUGGUAUGGCGCCUGCGGCCCAACGAUGUGGAGAUCAAGCUACUGGCUUCGACCAGGAACCUGCUGAUGAGCUUGGAGGAAGAAACUGGCUACAAUUCGGGAUGGAUCAACAACGGUGGACUGUUUAUAUCUCACUCCGACGAACGCUUGGACGAGUACAAACGCUUGGCUACGCUCGGCAAGUGCUUUGGCAUUGAAAGUCAGAUUCUAUCACCGCACGAAGCCCAGAAGGUGUUUCCACUGCUAGAUCCCACGUCUUUCACGGGGGCUCUGUUCUCUCCGGGAGAUGGCGUCGUAGAUCCAGCGAUGAUGUGCACGGCGCUAACAAAAGCUGCCUUGGCCAACGGAGGAACCGUAGUGGAGGACUGUACGGCUACCAAAAUCGUAACAGGAGAAAACCUGCUGGGCGUUAAGGAUGUCCGAGGCAUAGUCACCAACAAGGGAACCAUCCGGACGAAUACGGUUGUCAACGCCACAGGCGUUUGGGGUAGAGACCUUAUCGAACCAUUGGGCAUCCAUCUACCAUUGAUCCCUAUGAAGCACGCGUAUGUCGUUUCCGAAACUAUGGAAGGCAUCCACCAAAUGCUACCGAAUAUCCGGGAUCACGACUAUUCGAUAUACUUCCGCAUCCAAGGAAAGUCCAUCUGCAUGGGAGGCUACGAGAACAACCCCGUCUUACUGGACCGAGUCCCGGGAGAUUUCCACUUCGGCUUAUACGACCUGGACUACUCUGUGUUCGACACGCACAUCCAAGGCGCGGUCAAGCUGUGCCCGGAAUUCGGCACCGCCGGUAUCAAGAGUACGAUCUGCGGGCCGGAGUCCUUCACGCCAGAUCACAAGCCCUUGAUGGGACCGGAUCCUUUGAUCAACGGGUUGUUCCACAACUGCGGGUUCAAUUCGGCCGGUAUGAUGCUGGGCGCUGGGUGUGCCGAGCAGCUUGCCCAAUGGAUCAUCCACGAUAGGCCAGACCUGCACAUGUUCGCUUACGAUGUCCGUCGGUUUUCUCCGAAACAAAAGAAGGCCCUCAAUUGGGCCACGGAAAGAAGUCACGAGGCGUACGCUAAGAACUACAGCAUUGUGUUCCCGCACGAUGAAGCACUCGCGGGACGAAACUUCACCGUAGAUCCGUUCCAUAAGCAAAUGAUCCAACACGGAGCGGUGAUGGAGGAACGACAUGGUUGGGAACGACCAGGAUACUUCCUUCCGGAAGACACAGUGGUUGUUCAAUCGUACGAUUGGUAUGGAUACUACGAUUAUCCGAAGAAUACGAAUACCAACUAUGAGGACACUUUGAAGAAGGAUUACACCUUCGGAUUUCCAGAACAUCAUGAUCUGAUUGGCGAGGAGGCACUGACUUGCCGCCAUGACGCAGCUAUGUUCAACCUUAGUUACUUCAGCAAGUUGUUCCUCACCGGAAGCCAAGCCAAGGAAGCCGUUGAGUGGAUCUUUACCGGCGAUUUGAACAAGCCGAUCAACAAAACUGUCUACACUUGUGCGUUGAACAAACGAGGCGGCGUUGAGGCUGACGUAACCAUCAGCGUCGUUGAGUCCGGACAGGGGGAACUUCACGAUCCAAUCUUCAAGGGACGUGGCUACUACAUCGUAGCGGGUGGAGCUUCGGCCUACCACACCAAGUCGCACAUUUGGGCGGCCAUUCAGGAGAAGGCCCUCCGGGCCGUCGUUACCGAUCACACCGAAGAGCUGGGCGUCCUCUCGAUCCAGGGCCCAAAGAGUCGAGAAAUCAUCCAGAAGAUCACCGAUUUCGAUCUCAGCGACGAGGAAAAGCUACCGCCGAACUCCACUGCCAUCUUGAGCAUCCAGAUCAACCCGUUCUACAAGUGUAACGUGCGAAUUCUGCGGGUUAGCUUUGUCGGAGAGCUGGGUUACGAGUUGCACAUUCCGGAGGAGAGUUGCAACGAUGUCUACAAUGCGUUGAUGAAGGCCGGCUACAAGGAGGGACUGAGGAAUGCCGGAUACCGUGCUCUGUACUCGUUGAGUAGUGAAAAGGGUUACCACCUGUGGGGAUACGAUUUGCGAACGGAUGAUACGCCGGUGGAGGCCAAUUUGGGAUUCACCUGCCGGAAGCGUGGAGACUAUCAGGGACGGGCCGCUGUCGAGAGGCAACUGGAGAACGGAGUGAGCAAGCGACUGGCUUUCUUCACUCUCAAUGAACAGGUUCCCAUCUGGGGCUUGGAAGCGGUGUAUCGCAACGGGGAAAUCGUCGGACACCUUCGGCGAGGCGAAUAUGGCUACACUCUGCAGAAACCCAUCGGCCAGGCGUACAUCACCCGAAAGGAUGGCGACUACAUCACAAACGAGUACAUCAAGAGCGGCCACUAUCAGAUCGAAAUCAUGGGAAAACUGCACGACGCCCAGUGCCACCUCAGAAGCCCGUUCGAUCCGAAGGGCGAGCGGAUAUUAGGAAUUUAUAAAUAAAAAUGUUAACUAGUUUUACAACAA